AUGCGACCUAGUUUACUACUAAAGGCACUGGUCUGUAGCCCAACCCAAACAUCAACAUUAUAUGGGUUCAGGCGGCAAAGCACCCAAGAGGCCGUAGUUGCAGGCUUGCAGCAACCACACCAAGAUCCAUUAAUUAAAGCGCUGAACAAGAGGGCGGUUUAUUUGGGCGGCGGUCUGGGCGGCGCUAGGCGGGUCUGGGCAGCGCUAGGCGGGUCUAGGCGGCGCUUGGCGGGUCUGGCUGCCAGGGGCUGGUCUAGGCGGCGCUGGGAGGGUCUGGGCGGGUCUGGGCGGCGCUGGGAGGCUCUGGGAGGCGCUAGGUGGGUCUGGGAGGAGCUAGGCGGGUCUAGGCGGCGCUAG